AUGUGGGUACUGACUGGAGAAUUUGACUCUGCGCCCGGACAGACCAGAUCCAAAGUGCUUCGAACUGGGCAUACCUACAGGUUAGGCCGCAAAGAUGCACCGCUGUCCAUUCCAUCCAAUAAGAUCUCGAAGACCCAUGGCGAAUUCAACGUUGCGAAAUUUACCAAAGACCAAGUAUCUGACGCGACAACGCGUCCUCGUCUUGAAUACGCCAACACCAACCCAAAAGCUAAACCAUGCCUUGUGACGCGUGCUGACGGAGAUACUGUUUCCAUCGACGGGCAUGCUACAGGAGAGCUUGAGGACGGCGACUCCAUCCAGAUUACUUCUGGCCAUGCUAUCAUGAUUCGGUGGGAGCCAGUCUGUUGCUUCCAACAACCUUCGCGAGCCAAUCAUGAUAUUCUUGAAGACUGUGCAUUCCUGGGUAUCCAUACAACAAACCUUCAAACCCCCCAAGUCACUCAUCAUCUUGCCCCAUCUUACUCCGCUACCCUCCCCAUUGCCACCUCUCUCGCCAGCGCUUGCAAUCUGGUCAAGCCUGAGUGGCUAAUGGAGCUUAUCCGCAUUAGCAAAGAGACGGCUCUCGGCAAUGCGCUUGACUACGCUGCAUUACCUCUUGCAAACAAAUUCCGCCCGGUAUUCGCCUCGACCUUGACCGUCGCACAACAAGCGCCAGGUCUUUGGGAGCCGAACGAGGAACGGCUCAAAAUGUUUGCUAAUCAUACCUUUCUCUGUGCAGGUGAGAAGAAGCGCGAAGUCGAAUCUUCUCUCCGUCAACUGCUCGAACGGGCUGGUGGUGAAGUCAGUGUUUUCGACAUCUCGGGCGGAACAGAAAAAUGGCGAAAGACGCUAAAUCGCAACAAGGCCAAGUCACACGGCACUUUGGUCCUGGCCACGAAUGCAAAAACCUCUGAGACCGCGGUGGGUAAGGAGGAGUGGAAGAAAUUUACGAAGAUUGCAAGAGAAUUUGGACUGCGGUUCGUUUCUAGCGAUGAUAUUGUUCAAGCAGUCAUCAGCGUCGAUACGGCCCCUCUGAUCGCACCACCAGGCGACGAGGAAGAAGAUGCUAGAGCAGAUCGCUCGUCAUCCCCCCUCCCUUCUGUCGUCCCCAACAGCUUCCCGGGUGAACACGUUGAAAAGUCGCCGGAGCCAGCGCCCAAACGAAAGCCACUCGUCCGUCGAGUCACGCGAGCAGCGUCGCAAGAUCCAGAAGUCGUGAACGAGGAUCCAGAGAUGCCAGCACGCAAGGCUCCACGACCCCGGCGUAGACAACUUAAACGUCGUGUCGGUGUCGCUGCGGACCCCAACGAUCCCGUUGCCCAGUUGCUCCAACAAGGCGCAGCUUCUUUCUUAGUUGGCGCUGCGAUCCCGGCAGCUGGCCCCACUACAAACCUCGGCGAUGAGCCCCCACUCAAAAAGUUCAAGGCUUUGUUUGAAGAGAGCGGUGGCUUCGGUGAUGGCACGCAAAGUAUCAUCCCCGACGACUCGGGUAGUCUGGAUUUCAUGUCAUCGCUCAACACGCAAACCGAAACUCAGACACAAACCCAAAGUGGUGCAGGGCCAUCCAAGCGGAAAACAGGUCGAAGCGGACUGAAUGCAGUUGCUGAAGAAGAGGAAGAAAGCCAGAGUCAGGCCCCCAUUGGCCGCAGUCUUGGGACCAAACGCAAAGAACGAAGCUUUGACGGCGAUGAUGCUGAAAUGGCGGAUGUUGAGGCGGCUUUGGCGGGUUCAAACGGCGAAGGCUCCGCACCACCGGCUAAAAAACGGGCGACCGCUGGAGUAGUGCCUCCUGUGGAGCGCACCGCACAAAGCAACGCAAAUCAACAGCCUGUUAUUGUUGAUAAACCUGGUCCAGCUAUGUUAGGCAAGAAUGCCUCUGUCGCCGCUACGGCUGGCGCUGCUCCUGGUAAACCUGAUAAAGAUGCGGCAUUUUUGAAAGCUGUCGCCUCAACAAAACGAGGCAAACGAGCUGAAGACGACUUCGAUCGCGAUUUCAAUAAUCUCAAGAUCUCCAAAGCGGAUUUACGAGUGGACGAAGAGGAAAAUAGACCAGCGUGGGAACUGUUGGAUGAUUUCGACGCUGCGAGUGUGGGGAAUUUUAUGGUCAUCGAGGAGUUGGAGGUUUUCAAGGACCGAAGCAAGGACAAUGGCGUGCAAGGUGGCAUCAUUGAUGAACGAUGGAACAACAAACCAAAUUUCAAGAAGUUCAGAAAGGUGUUUAGUCCCAACGUCAAAAUUUGCGUCAAGGAGUCUACUUACGAAUAUCAAGGGGGACAGGAAAACGCUAAUCUUUGGGAUGACAAUGAAAACAUCAAAGUUGAAGCCCAUGCAAAUUUCGAUGAUUUGGAUGACUUUGGGCCAACCCAGAUUCGCAAAACACAGCCAGUUGUGAAGAAGACCACCCAAAAGAAAGAGUCGCAGUCCCAGAAACGCAUGGUGCUUGAUUCUGACGAGUCUGACGGCGCACCCCCGCCAGCCUCUCGAUCGGCGACCCAAACACAGACAAAAAGCAAACCCCCUUCGACUGUUGUUGAGCCUCCUGCAAAACGGACCCGAACUACUCGUACAUCGUCAAAGGCACCAGAGGUGAAGCCAGUUGCCCGAUUGUUCUUAGAUGAUUCGGGGGAUGAGCAGAUCAAGACACUGGACGAAGACUUUGAGAUGCAGGAUCAGACACAGACUUUGCCCACUCAACCGGCAAGGCGUUCACAAAGAGCGAAGGCAACCGCCAAAAAACCUAUCACUAUAGACUCGGACGAUGACGAAGAUGACGAUGCAGUCUUUCGUGGCUUUAAAAGAUAA